UAGGCAAUUAAGAUAUUGCCAUUUAUGCUUGCAAAUGUGUACAUCAUUAACGCUAUCUUCUGUUUGUUAAUAACUAAACAUCAGCAGUGACACGCAUGCAUAUACUUACAAACAUAUUGAUAUAUGUGUAUGUGUUUGUUUUGUCAUAUACACUAUCAGUACGUUCAACAAUAGUAUAGAAAGCUGUAAGUUAUCAUAAGAGCUUAGUAAGGGUGAAUUGUAACAAUUGUUUGGAUCGAUGGGCAUAUAAAUUCCCCAAAUGGAAAAAGCAUCUAGGGGUACCUCUGGAUAUUUGUGAAUGAACACGAAUGCAUGUAUGGCUUCCAAUUCAUCUAAGAAAAGCAAAUCGUCUGGUUUACGCAUAUUGUGGAUACCAGGACGAAAAAGCCAUCCGAAAGGUCGAUUGAGUUCUACAAACAAACACAUCUCGUAUUCGCCCACCCAAAAGAAAAACGAGGUGUGGAGCUUGGGCGGCAGCAAGGCCCAAACUGAACUAAUUGACUUGCCCUCUCCAGAAAUCAACGGUCCUUCGACAUCAUCAUCAUUGGCUCUGCUGGGCGCCAUGUCUUCGACGCUUGUGAAGAGUGUAAAAAGCGAUUCACUGAAUCGCAAUUAUAUAACGAACCCAGACGACGCAAUAGCAGUAUCAGAAUGCGCCACAUUGCCAACAACUCCAGUCGCGGCAAUAACACCAAAUUUAAAUAGUCCACUAUCGGAGCUGGCUCCGUUGACACCCUCAACCACAGCAAUGGCUUCCCCAAUUGUUGUAACAACAGUUGAAAUUCUUGAUUUACAUAUUUUAAAUCCCGAUGAUUUGCCUAAGGUGCCAUCGCUCGGCGAAACUAAUUUAUCAGCAUCGGCCGUCAUACUAAAUAGUUCAGCCGGGACGACAGCAUCAAUAACAACGAAUUCAUCUCCUUUAGCCAAUCGAAAAGCUCACAACCAGAUAGCUGUCAAUAACAGUUCACCUCACAAAAGCACACACAGAAACCAUAACAAUAAUCAGCAGGAUGAUAUAAAUUCGAUUGAAAGUAUUUCAAGUUUUAAUAGAACUCAGAUAUCUACAAAUUUUGAAUGGAUUGAUGAAAUGGUGCACCAGCGCAACUGCUCCGAGCUGAUGCACAAAAACAAACGUAAAAAAUCGAAAAAGGUCAUUGCUAGCCAGGAAAUGGAUCAAUUGGAUGGACCUAAAGUUACGGAGAAACAUGAUGCAAAAUUAAUGGCACCUUACGAUGACAAUGAUGAAAAGGUGGUUAAAUGUCUUUAUUAUUCCCUCAUGUGCUGCGACUGUACAAUAUCAUAGAUGUAGAUUUAGAAAUAAAACAAACGGUGCAUAUGCACGUACAUAUGCGAAUGUAUGUAGCUUAAGAAUGUAAGCAUUUACAAAAUUGCUCAAAUAUUUUUAUAUGUAUGUAUGAACAAACUUGUACAUUCUUUUCCGGAUCAGAGGAUUAUAUGCUUAGUAGUUUGUACAUACGCACAAAUCGCCAGUGCAAAAUAACCGUGAUCAAGUAUUCCAUUUAAUAAUAAUAAUAUUCAAAAUUUAAUAUAUCGAAUUUAUGCAAACGCACAAAUUUUUGUCAAAUCUCAAAAAUCGAGAAACUAGCGAAAUCAAAUUGUUAAUUUACAUUUAGCACUUCCUCCACAAACGCACACACUCGAGAUAUGUAUUAUAUCAAUAUUUGAUACUUUUAUACAUACAUGUAUAUUUGCCUGUAAAUAAAGUGAACGCAUUUUUCUA